AUGAUACCAUGUAUGUGGAUGUCAGUGCAAGCUUGUCUUUUCCCAGCCUUAUUUGCAGCAGCUCAGAAAGAGGCGACGAGGUUAAAAGCGUUCGCAGACUGGACCGCGUCAGCCUGCAAACGCCUCCUCUCGUCGACGUACUCUCAAGUGCUAGAGUUUGAGAGACCGUCGGCGCUCAAUGCAGCAGCACUAGCUGGUAUGAUGCUGUGCUACCCGUUUGUGUAUGACAUCUUGGAAGACGACAACAACGUCAUAAUUGAUGAUAAGUGGGCCGAGCAGAAGAACAGCCUCGCAAUGUGUCCGCUUUGGCUCUUUCAGAUCAAAGCUGUCGUACUCAGCAAGCAGAUAGAAAUGGCGCUGCAAGAGUUUUCUGUGCCGCAACAUUUGCUCGACAAUGGCACCACUCUGUCAUAG